AUGUUCUCCUUGCUCUUAGGUGUCCUGUACACCCUGGCGCCUGCAGUUUCGGGAGGGUUCUCAUCUCUGGAAAACAAGCAUAUUUUUGAUGGCACUACAACGCCUUAUGCGAUGAAUGUCACGGACUGCCCAGGGUACACUCUAGGGUCGCUUCAAGAUUCUGACAUUGGUCUUACUGCUCAGCUCACACUCGCUGGACCAGCAUGCAAUGCAUUUGGACUAGAUAUUUCAGACCUCACCAUUGAAGUCAUUUAUCAGUCGUCAUCCAUUUUGCACGUCAAAAUUUAUGACACUGCCAACCAACAGUUCACAAUUCCCGAGUCGGUGAUUGAACGACCUGCUGUGCCAACGACAUCCUACACAAGCACUUCCGAUCUGGUGUUCAACUAUGAUGCAACGCCUUUCGCAUUUUGGAUCACGAGACGCUCUGACCCGGACGCAAUGCCAUUGUUUGACACGAGAACUUCGUCGCUCCCACCUACUCCUAUUCCACCUUUCAAUACGUCUGACCCAAGCACAGCAUUUGAUGGCUUCUCUCUUGUAUUCGAGGAUCAGUACCUCCAGGUUGCUUCGGCUCUGCCGUAUGGUACUAAUAUCUACGGAUUGGGUGAAGUCAUUGCCAGCAGUGGAUUUAGACGUGACAUUGGAACAGACGGUGGUGUCGGCACCAUUCAGACGCUUUGGAGCCUCGGAGUUCCAGAUCCCAUUGAUCAAAAUUUGUAUGGCUCCCAUCCAAUCUACAUCGAACAUAGGUAUAAUGCGACUACCGGAAAGGCCUCUUCCUCUGGCGUCCUUUUACUUAGUGCCGCAGGAUCAGAUAUCUUCCUGCAGACGCCUCCCAACUCUAAGGUAUCAUUAAUCGAGUACCGUAUGAUUGGGGGUAUCCUAGACUUUUACUUCUUCUCCGGUCCCACUGAUGCAGAAGUCAUUGCUCAGUAUGGUUCAGUCAUAGGGUACCCUAUGUGGCAGCCAGCGUGGGGCUUCGGCUUCCACCUUUGCAGAUGGGGGUACCACAACAUCAGCGAUGUCAGAGAAAAUGUUGCGCAGAUGCGUGCGGCAGGUAUCCCCCUGGAAGUUCAAUGGAACGAUAUUGACUUAUACCACGCUUACCGUGACUUCACUACUGACCCAGUGAGUUUCCCUGGGGAUGAACUUCGUGAGUUCAUACAAGAGUUGGCCGCCAAUCAUCAACAUUAUAUCCCUAUUGUCGAUGCCGCCAUCGCUGUCACAGUGAACUCAACUGACAUCUAUGAUCCUUUUACACGGGGAGUUGAAGAAGAUGUGUGGAUUAAGAAUCCAGACGGGUCUCUAUACAUCUCUGAAGUCUGGCCUGGGUAUACCGUUUUCCCGGACUGGUUCAGCGAAAAUACGAUUUCUGUAUGGACUGACGGUCUCAAAAAUUGGACAGAGAUGGGUGUCCAAUUUUCUGGUAUCUGGCUCGACAUGAACGAACUAAGCACAUUCUGUAGCUAUUCCUGCGGAACUGGCGCGAACUUCUCUUCCGUUGGUGCCCUGAGCGAUCUCAGCUCGGUCGUUGUCGGAUAUCCUGAAUGUUACAAUGAAACGCUCUGGGGACCUAGUGGGAAUAUGACUGUCAACGGAAUCUCUACAUAUUCAUGUCCGGCUAACUCGACCACUAUGACGGUGAUAGAAAAGCGAGGUGUCGGUGCAGGUAGCGAGGUAGGCGUCGAUCUCAACAACCCGCCAUAUGCUAUCCAUAACGUGGGCGUAUCCUUCAACCUAUACUCCCUGGCAUCAAACGCGACGCACUAUGGCGGAUAUGUGGACCUCGACGUACAUAAUUUGUUUGGACUGAUGGAGGAAAAAGCAACGCACCUUGCUAUUCAAUCAAUCCUGCCCGGAAAGCGUCCGUUCCUGAUUAGCAGAUCAACCUUCCCCUCUGCUGGAAAAUGGACUGGUCAUUGGCUCGGUGACAACUACAGCAAGUGGCAAUACAUGUACCUCAACAUUCAGGGAGUACUACAGUUCCAGAUCUACCAAAUUCCGAUGGUUGGCGCUGACACGUGUGGAUUCGGCGACAACACCGACGAGGAAUUGUGCAACCGUUGGAUGCAGCUCUCAGCAUUCAUGCCUUUCUAUCGGAAUCAUAAUACUAACGGUGCUCUCCCUCAAGAGCCUUAUCGCUGGCCAAGUGUAGCAAAUGCAUCCCGCAUCGCCAUCGCUGCGAGGUAUGCCUCUACUGCCGUACUGGGUGAGUAUGUGCGCUAUUAUGUGAUCCCGUCGCUGAUAUCAGACGUACACAAGUAUACACUCUUUGCUAACGCAUCGAUGGCUGGUCUUCCGCCUAUCAGAGCGUUGUUUUACGAGUUCCCUGACGAGCCUGAGCUCUUUACCGUGGACAAGCAAUGGCUCGUUGGAAGCGACAUCCUCGUGACUCCAGUACUGAUUCCAGGAGCUACGACCGUUGAGGGUAUCUUCCCCGGCCGCGGUAGCGUAAUCUGGCGCGACUGGUACACUCAUGCCGUCGUCGACGCUACGUCUGGAGGAAACACGACACUAGACGCUGAUAUCAGCCACAUCAAUGUUCACAUCCGCGACAACUCUGCUCUGCUAUUGCAUCAAGAGCCCGGGUACACGAUCUACGAGACUCGCGAAGGCCCCUAUGCGCUGCUCGUAUCACUUAACGCAGCAGGCACCGCAUUCGGUAAUGCGUAUGUGGACGAUGGGAUCAGUUUCCCGCCUGGGCCGAGUCGGAGCCUCACGUUUCAGGUUGCUGAAGGCACGCUGGAGAUUGAGAGCAAGGGUGAAUAUGCGAUCCAACAACAGUUGGAGACGAUUACUGUACUUGGGGUGCAGAAGCCGACGCGGGUCACGUUCCAAGGAUCGCCGUUUAAAGGGUGGACGUAUGAGGAUGCUACCAAAGAGUUGGUAGUGUCAAAUGCAUCCGUCGACCUCAAUGGUCAGAUGACUCUAGUCUGGAGAUAGCUUGAUCGUUGGGCAAGUCGUGCAGCGCAUGAUUGGACAGAUUCACAAUCACCUCGCGAGCGGAAUAAUUUAGACCCACGGUCAUGCACAAACUAGAAAUGUCGUAUUUGAUCAUAGCGCUAUGCGUAGUCAGUUAGGAGUUUGGCGUGUAUCUGUUGUUGCAUAAAUGACUUGGGUAUAGGGU